AUGUCCAGAAGCCAGGCCGCCCCCGCGGCGGCGCCCGCCACCGCCGGCCCCGCCGCCGCCGGCCGCGCGCGGCGGCGAGGCGGCGGCGCACGGCGCGGGGGCGCCGCCGGCCGGGCGCUGCGCCGCGGGCGCGGCGGGGGGCGGGCCCCGGCGGCCACCGGCGGCUGCGCCCGCGCCGCCCUCGCGGCCGCUGCCGCCCGCCGCGCGCGGCGAGGCGGCGGCCGCGCGGGCGCCGGCGCCCGCGGAGGCCGGCGCCAGGCCCUCUGUGAUGGCGCCGACGGCCAAGGGUGGUGCGCCCAUCCUCGGCCACGGCGCCGUCUUCUGGAUCAACGUGGGCGGCGAGAGCAGGCUGGUUCUUUGGAACCAGGACGCCAAGGCGCACCACCUCGUCAGCGAGGGCAUGAACUUCUUGUGGCUGGUCUCUCCAGGUGCACAAGACUGCACCUACGAGGACGACCCUGCAUGGAGCAAUCCAACAGACGUCCGGGCGGCGCUCGAAGAGCGCGAGGACCGACCACGCGAGCUACGCGUGCGCGGGCUACGCCUCCCAUCAUGGCGUGCACGCCGUGGGUCUGGGCGGCAACAAGAAGGUCCGAAAGCAGGUCGCACACCUCGCUCUGGCGGUGGCGCUGGCCCUGAGAAGG